UAUACUAACAGACUUUUGAAUAUUACAUAUCUUCUAUAAAAGUAUUAUCAAUCAUGUCGUCAAACCUUGAAUUAUUGGAACAACGCAUUGCCAACCUUGAAGCUGAAAAAGACGAGCUUAAGAAUGAGAAUGCGAAAUUGAAACGGAUUAUUGAGGAGAAUGCCAGGCGUGAUGCUGAGAAUGCCGAACACAAGGUCAGAAUCGAGGAAUUGGAGAAAAAUAGUGCAGAUAUUUCAGCCGAAAAUGCUGAGCUUAAAGCCGAAUUAGCCAAAUUAAGACAUGAUUUCGAUUCCUCCAACCUCACGAGGCCUCAGCAACCCCAGCAUGUUACUAAUGUGCAGAACUCAUGCUCUAUUGAAGAAGAUAUAUCUUCAGCUAAGCCCGAGAGAAGCUUCGCUUCGAAUGAUAUACCUGAUCUUGUAAUAGACCAGCAUGUAGCUGAUAACGCGGACAUCGAGUCAAUGGACACUUUCUUAGAUGAGACAUUUAAGAAAAGCGUUAGUGAUGGGUUUAGGAAGAGGAAUAGGGAAAAGAAAUUGUUGCAUGAAUCAGCUACCCAGGACUUAUCUGGUGUUUCAAAUGAGACCACCUCUUCUGUAAUAAAGGACGAAAAAUCUCAAUCACAUAAGAAGAGGGAAGCGGAGAAUAUUGUACAGGAUGUGUUUGAUUUCACAGCCACUUCGGCACCUGAGAAAAAUCAUAUGACUGAAAUUUCCAUGACGGCCCGUCACGAAAAAUCUGAUAUGGAUAAUCCCCCAAAUAUAUUACAAAAUCUAGCCUGCUUAAUCCAAGAAGCAUGGGAUGCGAAAGAUGAAGCAAUUCUAGCUAACCAAAAAGAAUUAGUGUUGGUGUUCCUAUAUUGUAGAAUUCAAUAAAAAGACCACAGAGUUUAUGACCGAGUAUAAAAUUGGCGAGAAAAAAGCGAAAGGUAUGAUUUAUGACAAUCUUAUUAAACUCCUUCGUCCUGGUACUAAACGUAAUACAUUACUAAAACAAACUCAGAGAGCAAGAGACAUAUACAAAUUAUUUGAGAAAAUAGGAAUUGAUAAAAUUAAGUAUAUCACAACGUAUAGUGCGAAUUCUAUAUCGGAAUUAUCUGAUAGUCAAAUUCAAACUAUUGUUGAUUAUUUCUCCAAGAAUCCAAACACUGAAUUACCAGAUGAUCAGGAUGGCACUAUUAUCGAUUUCAAAGAGGAUAUUUCGAAUGAUCAGGAUAAUGUAUUGGAGGAGCAAGCAAAACCCUUGGUUUUAGCAACGCGGGCUGACUUUGCAGAAACCUUUGGUUUUUACAAAAUAUGUUAGCGAUAUUUUUAAAAUAUACCAGACAUAUGAUAUUCCUAUUUAUGUUAUCUCUGUUUUAACUAU